AUGUUUUUCUCUUUCUUCGUACUGUCGCCCAUCUUUCUUCAUUAUGCUCGCGGGUUGAGCAUUCCUCGUGACGUCACCACUCUUCCUGCCCCACUUCGUACCGUCGAUUGCUCCACGCACGUCCCUCAGCCCAUCCAACUAGCACUCAAUGUUACAACAUUUCCGGGCCCCUUGCCACCGACGCUCGUCUGUGGGGAGCUGGACGUCCCGAUGGACUAUUCAAAGCCCAUGGCGCAGGACAAUACAAUAACCGUUGGCUUUGCCAUCAACCGACCCCAAAAGCCCGCAGGCUUGAUGCUUUUCCACGCGGGCGGUCCAGGGCUCGAUGCUGCCUCCGCCGCAUGGGCAAUUGCACUGAAUACGUCAGAUGCAGCGGCAUUUGCGGGACUGGAGAAUUUCGACUUUCUUGCGGUCAACACUCGGGGAAUACAGUUUUCCAAUCCACUUAAUUGCACGUCCAAUACCUUUUACAACAACGUCUCGUUUGCUUUUCCUUCAACCCAGGCCGAGUUCGACCAAUACCAAGCUGCCACCUCCAAUUUCAUUCAGUCGUGCGUGAAGAACAGCAGCCCGCCUGGUAUCGUCCAACAUGUGGGCACGGCUGAGGUCAUUCAAGAUUGGGAUGCUAUUCGGGCUGCGUUAAAUUACGAGCAAAUCCAUUUCGUCGGCGUCUCAUAUGGGACAUUUGUUGGUGCGGCUUAUGCUGCCAAGUUCCCAGCGCGUGUCGGGAGAUUUAUUCUCGAUGCCGUUAUACCCCAUGGAAUGCCCUUCCAAGACAUGAUUACAGACCAGGUCGCAGCGAUAAAUCGCUUGCUCCUCCGCGCGGAUGCCUUUUGCAUGAUCGAUCCGUCAUGUCCAUUUCAUAGUCAAGGCAAAGGCGGAGUCGUCACGGCCUGGCAAACUGUUCUCUCGCAUGCCUUGAAAUCCCCGCUUCCGGCACCUCAAUGUGGACCGGGAAAGGGAUGCAACAACCCGGUGACCGCGACAGACCUCCGUCUCGGCGCCAGUGUAUUCUUCCGCGCAAAUCCAGAUUUUCCAGCGUUCCUGCAAGCGCUUGAUCUGGCGCUUAACAAAGGCGAUGCGAGCAAAUUUGCAUAUGUCCCAGCUGCAGACAUCAGAGAGAGUGUCGUGGUCCCGCUCCUAUGUUCCGAUCUGAAAAUCACCGACAAAUCGUUCGACGCUUUUCAGGCAUUUAGCACGAACUCACAGAAGAGCGAUCCGGCCAAGAUGGUCUAUGCACAAAUAUGGCAGUUUGUGCUCAUGUGUGACGCGUGGCCCUUUGAGGCACCGGAGCCAGCCAAGCUACCAACAAACCUACCAUUGUUGUGGACAACUUCCGAUUUUGAUCUCAAUCUUCCAACAGAGCUCGCGACCUUCGCAUUCGAGCAAGCGCCCAACUCUACGCUGCUUAUCCGCCACGGAGAUGACCAUGUUUCGUUUGAUCUCCCGAAUCUUCCCUCGCACAAGCUUCAGAUUGAUUUUCUUCGGACUGGAGCAUUCCCGCCGGCGCAGGACAACGCCAAUGUCACCGUUAUUCCGCCAGGCGGCAAGCGGUCAUCAGUUGCACCUGAUCCAUAUGCGGUGCCUUUGGGUCUCGUUGCUGGCGAUUUCAGCGCAGUCGAAAAUAAUUUACCACAAUCUGCCAGCAUUCAUAAGCCUGGCAGUGGUUCUGGGCAGAAGAGUGAUAGCCAGAGUCUUCUGAAUGGCCAAAACUUGAAGGAAGUAGGUAGAUAUGUGGUGUUGCUCCAGUGCUUGCUUUGCUUUAGUCUCUCCAUCCUCUAG